AUGGAUAAAGCUUUUACUCUUGACAUUCUUUCACUUAUUGCUUUCCUCGAAGAUGAUGAAGAACAGACCAUUGAGCUAACUCAGCAUUCACUAGAGAUCAAGCGAACCUAUGUAUGUCAAGAUCAUCCAUGUAUUGCACUCGAUCUUGCAACUCUUGGGAAUAUUUUGAAAGAAUUGGGUAGACACGAUGAAGCAAUGGCUCAUUACACCGAAGCUAUAACUAUAUACGAACACUUGAAAGCGGAUAGACAUCCUGGAACAGCGGUUAUCUUGCACGGGCUUGGCUUCAUUCAUUGUGCCAAGAAGGAUUAUAAUAUAGCUCUUUCUUAUUACCUCAAAGCUCAGACAGUUUAUGAAAAGUAUUUUACAACUAAUGAUCCAAAUCGUAUACGUCUUCUGCUGUCUAUUGCCGAAGUGUAUCAGUUGCAAGGUGAUCUUCAUUUAGUCAUCGAUGCGUUAAAACACUGCUUGACAACAAUACAAAGUUCACAUCCAAUCGAUAAGCUGCUAUUAGGACGAACAUAUAUGAUGCUUGCGGAUACUUAUAUGCUCGAAGGUAAUACCGUUGCGGCCUUAUAUCAAUAUGAAAAAGGACUAUCGAUCGAAGUUGAUCACGAUAUUGACCAUUACGUUUAUUAUGUUGGUUACCAUUUACUUAUGUUAAGCUGUAAUUUGAAAUCGCAAGGACUACUUCAGCAAGCGCAAAUGAUGUAUAAAAACGCAUCGAUCAUUUUCCAACAACUUGACAAACUAAACUUGUUCGAUUUAGUCGAAAAACUAAUUAAACUUUCAACAAAUGACAGUUUAAAAGAUGAACUUUUAUCCUUUCCAGAAAGUCUUCAGAAAAACGCGUUCAAGGAUGCAAUGGACAUUAUCGACAUCCUUAGCAAAGCGGCAAGUUUGCCAUCACAUCACGUCGAAGUCUUAUCAAUCAAAGAUCAGAUCCUCUACUAUUAUUUUUCAAUGGCUCUGUAUCAACAAUUGUUCAUGAAUAUAAAGCACCGAGCAACAGCUCUUAUUCUUCUCGGCAGUCAUUACGAAAAGUAUCAUCAGAAGGAUCUGGCACAGCACUGUUACGUCCUAGCGGAGUCAGUUUACAAGGAAUUAGUUGCUUAUUCAGCUUCUGCAACAGAUUCAACUGAUCUCACUGAUGUGCUGAACAACAUCACCAUACGUAUCGAGUCGUUGACAAUGUGA